CACAAUUGGGAGUUAUUCCGACGGAUACAAACUUUCAGAAAUUUAUUUGGCAGCCCCAGUUAUACUGUUGCUAAACCUCCCAGUACACUCUCUAUUCUCCAUCAGCAAUGGCGACGCACUUCACCAAAAAGCUCACUUCACACCCCCUCUUCACAAUCAACCCAUACUCCACAUCAUCAGCAACCUAUGUAGCUUCAAGAUUCAGAGACCCAACUUUUGAAAAAUUCAUGGACAAAUACAAAAACCUCCUCAAAAUCUACUCUAUUCAAGACCUCAUCCUCGCAAACCCCACCAUAAACCCACCUUCAAUCUCCAUCAAUUUCCUCACAAGACUGUCCCAGAAACUCCGUCUCAACAAGGGCCCAACAGCCUUUUUACGUAAGUACCCCCACAUUUUUGAAAUCUUUUAUGACCCCAUAAACGCACAACCUUUAUGCAAAUUAACCCCAAAGGCUGUAGCUUUGUAUCAAGAAGAGGGGUUAGCAAUUGAGGGUUCAAUGUCCGUUGUGAUCGAUCGUUUGGUUAGGAUUCUUUCGAUGUCAGUGUCGAAAAGGGUGCCCCUUAGAGCUGUUUUUAAGGUUUGGAGGGAGCUUGGAUUACCUGAUGAUUUUGAGGACUCGGUAAUCUCGAAACACCCUCAUAUUUUUCGACUUUCGAAUAAUGUUAAUGAAGUUAAUACUCAUAUGCUUGAACUUGUUAGGGUAGUUGAUAAGGGUAGUUUAGUUAGUGCUGUUGAGAAUUGGAGAGUUUUGGAGGUUUGCAAAGAGGAUUGUAGUGUCGAUAGGAGUGAUAUUAGGUUUAGUUUUAAACACGGGUAUCCUCCAGGGAUGAAGUUGAAGAAGAAUUUUAGGGCCAAAGUUAGGGAAUGGCAGAGUUUGGAGUAUAUAGGACCAUAUGAUGAAAUGGGGGUAAAAUCAAAAAGCAAGAGAGGAAUGAAGGUGUUGGAGAAGCGGGCGGUUGGGAUAGUUCAUGAGUUUUUAAGUUUAACGGUGGAAAAAAUGGUUGAGGUGGAGAAGAUUAGUCAUUUUAGGAGUUGGUUUGGAAUUGAGCUGAAUAUAAGGGAUUUGUUUUUGGAUCAUCCGGGAAUGUUUUAUUUGUCUACUAAAGGGAAGAGACAUACAGUUUUUCUAAGAGAAGCGUAUGAAAGAGGUUGUUUGAUUGAUCCCAAUCCAGUUUAUGUAGCUAGAAGGAACCUUCUUGAACUAGUAGCAAUGGGAAAGCGAGGUUUUUCUGGAAAUAAGGCACUGUUGAGGACUGGUUAUGAGAAUGAGAGUGAAUCAGACGAGGAAGAAAGUGAUUGAGUUGCAGACUUUACAGUUGAGAAAAAAAGGCUACACUUCAAUUAUCCCCAUCCGUCUUUCAAAAUAGUAAUAGCUGUUAUUCAACCAAUCAACCUUAUUUCCAUUUGUCUACUUGGUUUAAUUAUGUGGGAAGUCUGAGCAGCUUUUAGUGGCGGAGGAAAAUUAAUCAGCUAUCAAUCUGGAUGAACAGUAAGGGUAUAGGCCCUGCCCUUAUGUGGGCCUGGAUAAGUGGAUAUUAUCCAUAACCAAGUUGGCAAUAUAGGUUGCAGAUCUGAAGAGAACCAAUUGAAGGAUGUUAGAGGUUAUUAGCUCUCUCUUCAUCUAUCACUCUAUCUUGUUUGAUUCCUGUUUGUGUGGUGUAUUGAGGAUGCUGGAAUAUCUACUUAUUCAGGAUAAAGUUGACCUUGGUAAACCUGCACUUGGCAGAGGCAACUAAUUGAUGAGAAAUUUGCAUUUUCAGAGUUCAGCUAAAGUGUAUAAGAGAUAUUUUCUGGGUACCGAAAAUGACACCAAACACCAGUGCUGGAGAAGAUGGCCCCCUCACUUUGCAAUCCAAAAACGCUAGAUUAUAUAGUGUUUAUCCUCUUUUCCUUCUUGUUUGCAGUUCUGUGGCAUCUGGUAUCUUUUCUCGUUUUUGUUAGUGCUGAAUCAUGCCCCAGUCUAGCAAAUGCCUCUGUUGUUUAGAACUCAUUGGAAACCCCAAAAUUUGCUGGAAAAUUUAUGAAUGUAAAGUUGUAAACUAGAUAAGUACUGAACGUUUCUAUAUCGUAGUCCACCCGUCUCAUCAAUGUAGAAAAACAAAAAAAUACUAUUACUUUCGACCCAUUUAUUC